CUGCCAAAAGCACGCCGGCCUUACCGUGAUCCACCGGCGAGACAUGAUUUAGGCAGCAUGGACGUUGCAUGCACGUUUUGCGGCGCUCUCCACUGGCUAGCAGAGCGCCUGACAUCCAGUUCAGCCCGCAAUCCGAUGUUCGGUGGCUGUUGUAACUCGGGCAAGGUCCAUGUCCCCGCUCCUCCAGACCCCCCCGAUCCUCUGAAGCAACUCUUUGUCCAAGACACGGUACAGGCACGAGAGUUCCGCAACAACAUUCGCCAGUACAACUCUGUGUUCGCCUUCACGUCACUCGGUGUGCAGAUUGAUGACAGUGUCAACCGUGGUCCUGGUCCAUACGUCUUUCGGAUCCACGGCGAGCUCUGCCAUAGGUCCGGCUCACUCGAUCCCCCUUCCGGCCAACCCCGCUCAUAUGCUCAGCUAUUUGUCUAUGAUGCGCAGGCAGCGUUAGCAGAGCGUGUCCGCCGGAAUGGCUCACGGCGCGAAGAUACCAUGGCUCUCAUCCAAGGUGUUCUCAACGACUCCCAUCGCUACGUCAAUCUCUACAAGCACGCUUACGAAACGCUCCAGGAGCACCCGGAUGUCGAGCAGGUGUCCUUGCGCUUGGUGGUCGAUAAUGAACGUGACCAACGGCGGUAUAAUCUGCCAACGGCAGAUGAAAUCGCUGUCUUGCUCCCUACGCAACAACCAGAGGGAGCAGAUCGCCGUGACAUCAUUCUUCGCAAGCGUGACGGACCACUUCAGCAUGUCAGUGAAUGUCAUCCAGCGUAUGCGUGCUUGCAGUACACGCUCCUCUUCCCUCACGGUGAACACGGCUGGACCUUCAACCUUCCUCUGCGC